AUGGAAUUAACAAAUAGCGAAGAAUUUACCCUGAGCCCAUCAGCUCCAAACGGCACUUGGGAUCUAUCUGAAAAAAUGAUAAACCUGGAAAGAGAUGGUGAUCUUCCGCCGACGUCUUCCUCAAUAGAAUUAGGGAACUCCAGUGAAGAUGAAUUGAAUAAAAACAAAAAAGUAGAUUUUGUCCUGGCUUAUAUGGAUGACGGUAAUUUAUCUCAUGCGCAAAAACGCGAAGAGUAUCAAAGCGCGUUGCGUGAUCAAGGUCUAGAAUUGUACCAUGAACAAACUGGAUCUGUAUGUUUCAUUAAAAUACAUGCUCCUCAGGAAGUUCUUUGUAGAUACUGUGAGAUAAUGAAGCUUAAAAUGCCAAUAAAGUUACUGACAACAGAUGCCUUAGAAGAUAAACAGACAGAUUUAUUCGACGAUGCGCGAUCUUGGUUCAUAAAUUUAUUCCGAUUUGUUCAGCUGGACCCAGAUAAAUUUCCCAAGAAAGAACGGGCUCUCUUGACAGAAUUCUCUCGAGACAAAGAUUAUUUAUUCGAUGUAGGAAAUGAAAAUUUUUUCCCUACGAAUGUUCGGAUUAUGAUAGUGGAGUUUAUUUUGGAACGUCAGUGUGAGGGAAUUCAUCGACUUGUAGACAGUGGUUGUUAUUCUGCCGCUUACCCACUUCAUGAUGGAACUUACAAACAAAAAGGGACUGUCCGGGCUUUACUGUACGAAGAAUGGGGAGCAGCAAAUAAAUGGAUAAAAAUCCAACCUCUGGAUACAAUACAGGAAUAUUUUGGCGUAACAUAUGCUAUAUACUUUGCAUGGCUAGGAUUUUACACAUAUAUGUUGAUACCAGCUAGCAUCGUUGGGCUGUUAUGUUUCUUUUAUGACGCAUGUUCACCCUGGGCAAACGAUGUGAUAAUGUGUCCGCAGUGCGAUUUCUACUGCGACUACUGGCGUCUCAAUACAACCUGCAUCCUUACCAAAGUAACAUUGCUUUUCGACAAUGAAACGACGAUUGUUUUUGGAGCAUUCAUGUCAUUUUGGGCUGUACUGUACUUGGAAUUGUGGCGACGAAGAUCCGAGGAACUGAUCCACCGUUGGGGGCUGGUAGGCUGGGACCAAGGAGCUGAUCAUCCACGUCCACAGUAUCUGAAGAUGUUGAACAAAAUAAAAAUAUUCAAAGCCAAAGAGAAGUUGAAUGCAGUCACAAUGGAAAAGGAACCGCAUGUAAGCUUUUGGAAAGUUCGUGUCCCGGCGACGAUGCUCAGUUUUACUGUUGUUAUUAUUCUGGUGCUGACUGCUCUUGCUGCGGUGUUUGCGGUCGUUUUGUACCGCAUGUUCCUUAAUGCUUCCAGUAAAAUUUUUAAUAAGCUCGAUUUUGAUAACACGCAGUAUCAGAAUUUUGCAAUACCAGUUAGCGCAGCAGCUAUGAAUCUUGUUUGUGUUUUAAUAUUAAACUAUUUCUACGAUUGGGUCGCGGUCUAUUUAACAGAAAUGGAAAUGCCAAGAACUCAAGCGGAAUUCGAUGAUAGUUUAACAUUAAAAAUUUAUAUAUUUCAAUUUGUUAAUUAUUACGCAUCGAUAUUUUAUGUUGCAUUUCUGAAAGGAAAAUUAGUCGGAUACCCAAAAAAAUACAACAGAAUAUUUAAUUUUAGGCAAGAAGAAUGCGCACCAGGAGGGUGUCUAAUGGAACUCUGCAUUCAAUUGGCAAUAAUAAUGGUCGGUAAACAAGCAGUUUACACAAUAGUAGAAAUGGUAUUGCCAGUGAUAUUAAAAUGGUGGGCGCUGUUCCGCGUUCACACUGGACUAAAACGCAAAGAUCCAAAUCUUCCGCGAACACGUUGGAGCCAAGACUUUCGUCUGGUCGACUGGGGACCUCGGGGUCUCUACGAUGAGUACCUUGAGAUGGUGAUACAGUUUGGGUUCAUCACUCUCUUCGUUGUCGCAUUUCCUCUAGCUCCUUUGUUCGCGCUCGCUAAUAAUGUCCUGGAAAUGCGAUUGGACGCCACUAAAUUUCUGCGACAUUAUCGGCGACCUGCAUUUAUUAUCGCAUUUUCUUCCAAUUUUAUUCCACGGCUCGUCUACAUGCACUCAGUGAGUCCUGAUCACACAGACGUUGGCUUCCUGAACCACAGUCUGGCCUACUUCAACACUAAAGACUUCCCUCCAGAUUACGCACCACAAAACACGACAUUUGAAAACGUCACCGUCUGCCGCUACGCAGAGUACCGAAAUCCUCCAAAUCACCACGAGCUUCCUUACAAACGACCGACGCUUUAUUGGAAAAUUUUGGCCUGGAGGUUUAUUUUUGUAGUAAUUUUUCAAAGCGUUGUUGGUAUAUUCACUAUGAUAGUGCAGUGGUGUCUCUCUGGGGUACCGAGGGAAUUACGCGAUCGUACGAAACGCGAGGCUUACCUAACGGAACAGAUUAUCAUCACGCGAGAAGCUGAAAGGGCCAAAGUAAGAGCUAGAUCUGUUAAUCGAUUCGUUUCCACUGGCAAUCAGUUGAGACGACGGUCUACUAAUGUCUCAGAUUCAAUUGAUCUUUAA